AUGAAUCGACGAGAAAUUCGAAUGCCCGCAAAUGUGAAGCAAUUAUUGGAUGGUUUAUGUGAUAAUAUCUGUAAGCGUUUGCAGUCCGAUCGUGCCCAGCAAAAUAAAAUUCAAAGAGAAGAGAAAAUGCGUAAACUCUUACUAUCAGAAGGUGAGAAAUUGCGUAGAAAGCAAAUAGUGAAAUCUGAGCAAAUGAAACUGAUCAAAUCAGCAAAUGUUGGCGGUGAUAUGAACCAACAAUAA